AUGACCUCCGAUAAAGUGAAAGUCUUUACAAAAGCAUUCGGGUUCUUCAUUCCAUAUCUCGGUCGCACGGCUCUCCAACGUGUCGCCGCGGUUGGCCACAGGUGGUCAUGGCAAAACACGCCUGAUGCAAAGAACGUCGUUGUCCUGGGUGGCUCGUUCGCGGGAAUCGAGCUUGUGAAGCGACUAUCCGAAACACUGCCGACUGGAUACAAGGCUGUCUGGAUAGAAAAGAACUCCCACCUCAACUUUUCGUUCAAUUUUCCCAGGUACUCCGUUUUGGAGGGGCAUGAGCAUGCGGCAUUUAUUCCAUAUGAUGGCAUUGCAAAGAAUGCGCCAGCGGGUAUUUUUACUCGCAUUCAGGACAAAGCCAUUGGGGUCACCGAGAACAAUCAAAUACAACUCGCCUCUGGAGACAAUAUCGAUUUCGAGUACCUCGCCAUCGCGACAGGCUCAUCUCAGCCAUUACCUGUCCAGGUAACUUCCACCGAACGGAAUAAGGGUUGUCAUGAGCUCCAGGGUGUGCAAAAGACCAUCAAAGCGAGUCAGAAAAUUGCCAUCAUCGGCGGUGGAGCUGUAGGUGUCGAAAUCGCCAGCGAUAUCAAGGAUUUCUAUCCAGAUAAGGAGGUUACCUUGGUUCAUUCUCGAGACCAGCUAUUAAACAAUUUCGGAAAACGCUUUGGGGACUAUACUUUGAAUGCUCUGAGAGAUGAGCUCCAAAUCAGAGUGCUGCUGAAUGAGCGCCCUGCUAUCCCUGGAAACUUUGCACGCGGAGCUGCGCUGAAGUUUUCAGACGGGCACGAGGAACAAUUUGACUUGGUUAUCGGCUGCACCGGCCAGCGACCCAAUUCUUCCGUCCUUGCAGCCGCCUAUCCAAACACUCUCGCCAAGAACUCCCGAAUACUAGUCAGGUCUACCCUUCAAGUCUUCGAUUCCACCGACGCCAAAAAAGAUCUUCCAAUGUUUGCCUUCGGAGAUGUCGCAGAUCAUCCCGGCCCACGCAUGGCCCGCGCUGGGUUGAUGCAGUCAGAAGUGGUUCUGGAUAAUAUUCUCGCAAAGAUCAACGGCCAAGAGGCCAACCGCACAUACACACCCAACUGGUUUGUCGAGGGCGCCAUCAAAUUGACCCUGGGCAAGAAGCACGAAGUUACCUAUGCGAUGGAUAACGAUGGGUCUGACAUAAUGAUUCCCGAUCGUAAUGGCAAGCUGGAUCUUGAAAUCGAGUCCGCGUGGAAACGAUAUGGGGUUGAUUUCAAGGAAGUCAGCAAAGGCAAGACAGAAGCUGAACCUGAAGUCCAAGCCCCUGCCGCUGUUCAGGUCUGA